AUGAAAACGCUUUAUGUUUCAGAUGUUGAUGUAAGUAUUGAUGAAAAUAAAUUAAAAGAACUUUUUAGUCCUUAUGGUAAUGUUAUAAAUUCAACUAUCAAAAAAUCAAGUAAAGGUACAAACGAUUUUUAUUAUGCAUUUAUUGAAUAUGACCGUCCUGAAGAUGCUGCAAAAGCAUUACAUGAAAUGGACCAACACGAACUAGCUGGUAAAAGGUUAAAUGUAAAAUUCGCUAAACCUAAGGAUGGAAGACCUUAUUUACAAAAACCUUUUUAUACUGAAUUUAAAAAAAGGGACCCUCCUUUCGAUUCCCCAAGAGAUUCCCCUAGAAGAAGAAGUUUCUCUCGUGAAAGGGGAAGGUUAGAUGAUGGUUUAUAUCCUCCUAGUCAUGACCUUAUGUAUGAUGGUUCACCUAUGAAUAGGUAUUUAAGAAAAGACAUCUCUCAACAAAGAGGGCAUAACGAAAAACGACAAUAUCGUGAUCGAUUCGAAUCCCGAAUUGAGAGACCUCGUGAAAAAGAUUAUUAUUCAGGGGAGAGUUUUUAUCUUCAAGACCGAUAUGCUCGUGAUGAUUACUAUGGAAGAAGUGAUAGAUACUCACUCAGAGAUAAUUGUAAUGACAGAGAAAUUGAUUAUGACAGAUAUAACAGUCGUAGAAUUGAUAGAAUGUCAGAUCGUAUACCAAGUGAAAGAGAAAGAGAUCACAUUACUGUAGAUCCAUUAGUAAAUGAUAGACCUCUAAUGGAUAGACCAAAUUCUGAUAGAGAUUAUUAUCCUUCUGAUAGAAUGAGAGAGUCUGGUCCUUAUAGAAGAGAUGAUAUUGGUCGUGAUAUUCCUUAUUCUCGUGAUAGGUAUGAUCCUCAUUAUUAA